CAGGUAACUCAUGAACUGUUAGACUGCAUAUGCAGUGGGAAGAACCUGAGAUAUCAGAGCUAUGGGAAGCUUUGGACCAUUCAGGAGUGGAAAGUGUUGCAAGAAAAUGGGAAGGAAGAACUGAAGGGAUUCAUUACCAGAGGUCUCAACAAAGAACAGGUUUUUAUAAUUAUGUACCAUUUUCUAAUAUCUAUACAUGUAUUCUAUUAAUUAGCCCAGGCCAGGCUCUCUGAUAAUAGGAUGUUGCAAAAACAAAAAUAUCUCUGCACAUUACUAUCUUGGAAGCUGGAAUAGGAUAUCUUUUCAUCAUCAUCAUCAUAGUAAUAAUAAUAAAUAAUAAUAUUGAUAAUAAUUUUAUUAUUAUUGAUUAUUUUAAUACUGUGUACAGUAAUUUGGAUUUUGUAAGCUCCAACAAACAUCCAUAACAACUCCAAGGAUGGCUCAAACCAUAAACCCUCUGUGAGGGGAGUAUGUUUUUUUUCACAGUGUUCACAAAUAGGUACUGAACUGUAUAUUUACAGAUGAUUUGAGUUCUUGUCAGGUUUUUUUAAGCAGAACCCUUUCCACAUGUAUCCUCUAAAGGAAAUGCUUCUAAUAAACAGUGAAUGAACUUUUCAUCAGAUCUCCAAUGAACUUGACAGAUAUUCUCUUUCUGGAGAAGUUAAACAAGCUGUGCUAGAUUGCCUGUGGCCUCGACAAGAAGAAGUGAGACAAAGCUUGGUACAAAAUACAGCUAUGAUAUCGAACGCUGUUUUGAAAGACUUUGAUUGGAAAGUAAAGGUACGUAUUGCUUGUUAUUUUUAA